AUGGCCGUGUCUAAUACUAACCUACUGGGCACACAACUUCUAGCCAAAAUCAACCUUCACGUAAUGCAAUAUAGAGCCAACCUACUUGAGAAACUUACGUCCAGUUUCGUGCGUCACGUGUGCAAAGAAGGCUGCAAUCUCCCGCUUCGAGUCGUCAACGGAACCCACCGUGCCGAACUGCGUGUACGAGUUGACCGCCUCAAGAAACGCAGAGCGCAUGUAGAACCCCUUCCCGAUGCAGCUCCCGGCAGCCUGAUCGGAGAUCCCGUUAAAGAACGCGCACGUCAGUCACAAUAUUACCGACGGAGCUGCCGUUGCUGGCAGGUCCGGCAGAGCAUGCCUCUGCCGCAGAUGACUAGUUCUAUUGUGUUGUUGUUUAGAUAUGGUGAAUUUUGUUCGAUCACAGAUUUUACAAGAGGGAUGAGUUUUUCCUAUCUUGUGCAUUUUGUUUGUUCAAGAUGGAAUUCUUUAAGUGUUCAUAACCUGUCAUUAUCGUACUCUGUUCCUGAGAUUGGUGUUUUUUCAAUUAACGAUGAUGAAGAUGUAAAAGGGUUAUUUAUUAUUGUGGAACAAUGGUCGAUUCAGAGGAUUGAAAUUGUUGUGAAGCAAGUUCAUGCAUCUCUUGGUACGUCUGAUACUAGUUACAGCUCUAUGGUAUGUUCGUCGAGUGUCUUACCUGUUGCUGCAAUUGAAGAAGCAGUUAAUCCCCCAUGCAACACAUUACGUUCCAUUGCCCCCAGAAAGACUUUGCUUAGCUCACAUUGGAUAAAUCUGAUAACUGAUGUUGGACAAGUUUUCCGUGGGGGACGUUCAGAAUUUAGAAUAUGUUUGGCUAAGUUUGCGUAUGAGCUUGGGUUUGGAUUCGAUUUUAUCAAAAACGAUACGAAGAGAGUGACUGCAGUUUGUAAGCUUAGACAGGAGAAAAAUUGUUUGUGGAGAAUUCAUGCUACAAUUCAACCUUCAACCGAAUAUUGUAUUAUUCGCACAUAUGAGAAACAUCACACGUGUGAGUCGGCAUUUAGUGCUGUCAAGAAGGUUAAAAUGUGCGUUAAGCUCGUAGCUGAUUUAAUCGUGGAGGACAUUCGGAAUAAGCCGUUGUUGUGUGCUAAUGACGUUAUUCAUGACGCCAAAAAGAAUUAUGGGAUUGAUAUUGACUACAAUACAACAUGGAGAGCUAUGGAAUCUAGUCGGAGUUUUGUGUUUGGAGACGAUGGAAUAUCUUAUUCGUACCUGAAAGUGUAUUUUGAAGAAGCUGGGCGUUGCAAUCCAGACAGUGUGUUUCACCUGGAAGUUGAUGAGAAGCAUACCUCGUUUGAUCGUUGUUUCUUCAGUUUUGGUGCUUGUCUGUCCGGAUUUAAGUUUUGCUGUCCGAUUCUUUUUUUGGAUGGAACAUUUCUGAAGGGUAGAUACAAAGGUAUUCUUUUGAGCGCCAUGGCGAAAGAUGCAAGAAAUGGUCUUUAUCCAGUGGCAUUUGCCGUUGUGCGUGAGGAAAAUGAUUCAAACUGGAAUUAUUUCAUGGAACAUUUAAAAUGUUGCAUUAGCUCAGAUCGUGUUUUGACAUUCGUAUCCGAUCGGCAGCACGGUAUCUUGGAAGCUGUUAAAAAUAUUUUCCCUAAUUGUUACCAUGCAUUCUGCUUGUUGCAUUUAGAGAAUAAUUUGAGGUAUAAGUUGAGUGGAAUGAGCUCUAGUUAUAGAGAUGUUCUAGUUAGUCAGUUGAUAGCAUGCGCGUAUGCUCCGACUAAGGAAAUCUUUCAUGAGAAACUUCAGAAAUUCAAAAUUGAUGGUUCAUGGAAAGUUGUUGAUUUUUUGUCAGAUUUGCCUUUUAAAAAUUGGGCAAAUGCGUAUUUUGAGGGGCAUAGGUAUGGUGAGAUGUAUUCAAAUGCUGUGGAAUCAUGGAAUGGUACAAUAAAGAAAUUCCGACAUUUGCCGAUUACCCAUAUGAUUGACAACAUUAAGGGUUAUAUGAUGGAUAAAAUUUGCGAGAGGUCUGCAAAAGCGAGUGGUUGGACUACGAUGCUUUGUCCAAAGAUGGAAAAGAUUUUAAGCAGUUUUGUCGAAGAUGGGAGGACAUGGACUAUUAGAAAAUCAAAUCAAUUUGUCUUUGAAGUGCAUUCAGACUCUCAUGAGAUUGUGGAUUUGUUUGCUAGAACGUGCACAUGUCGGAAUUGGCAGCUUAAAGGAUUCCCUUGUUGUCAUGUGGCUGUGGUUCUCAAGAAUAUCCCCGUUGGUGAAAGAUAUGGGUACAUUGACCCCUUGUUUUAUGCCUGCAAUUUUCGAUCUACGUAUUCUUUUUCUAUUUACCCAUUUAUGGUGGACUUUACAAAAGUUGAGCAGCCACCUGUUGGACCUCCAGUUUGCCAGACAAGACGUGGAAGACCAAAAAAGAAUAGGAUUCCAUCUCGUGGUGAAAAUAUCAAGAAGAAGAUCAAGUGUGGAAGAUGCAAAGAGAUUGGUCAUCACAACAAGAAGACUUGCAACAAAGCUAUUUGA